AUCCAAUCCAUUCGUCAGAUUGUGUUUGUGCCACUGGGCGUCCGUGUCGGUUCGCAAAACAUUUCUCAGUUUUCGUUUCACUGUGCUCACGCACGCACAAAAUUGUUAUCGUUGUUAUUAUAUUAUAAUUUUUUUUUCAUCCGUGUCGGGUUGAUUUUUAUUAUUGUCAUCAUCGUGUUAUUAUUAUCGAAAAGUAUCAGUCUUUAUUGUUGUAGUAAAAAUUCGUUGAUCUUAUAUUACCUAUAUAUUAUAUUGUUGUUCGUUGCGUUUUUUCCCUAAAAAAUUUUAUCAUCCGCCAUCGCCGCCGCCGACGUCCGGGUUUACAAAGUAUUUUUACCGAGUAGCUCUCUUCUUCCAACGCCCGCGCCACGCGACGCCGGUUUCCUGACGCGUCGCGUAAAGGUAACCUACUGCCUGCCGAUUGUUUUUCCUCUACCGGAACCGAUCAACGCCGAUACAAACGCAUCGGAGACGCGCCACCGAAGUGUAGCAUGUUAGGCCGCCAAUCGUCCGCUUCUCUUCGUUUGUGAUAAACAAGGUUUUUCGAUACGGCCUCAAGCUGUGGACUGCAACGCCCUAUUUGAUCCCCCAUCAGGGGUUAUACUAUCCACAAAUGGUUCAAGGGGGAAUUGAUCCAUAUGCAUCACUCGCGGCAGCGUCUGGUGCAUUUCCUAUGCAACAACCUGGGCAAAUGGCUGCGAUGACGCUUAAAAUGGCCAAUCCCCAGCAACCAACUCUAAUGCCGGCUACGGUGGCUGCACCUCAAAAUACAGCUCCACUUCCACCACAGGUGGCUGUAGAAAGUGAUCCACCGCUGCCACCUAUUGCAUACUCACCCCCGACUGGGCUUAACAUGUCUAUGACAUCAUCGCAACAACAACAACAACAACAGCAGCAUCAGCAGCAGCAGCAGCAGCAACAGCAGCAACAACAACAACAACAACAACAACAACAACAACAACAACAACAACAACAACAACAACAACAACAACAACAACAGCAACAGCAGCAGCAACAAUCUGUUGGAUUAACCAAGUCUGAACAACAACAAAUCACAGUUACUACGGUAUCACAACCGUUGGAAUGUACUAAUGCCACAAAUGCGUUGACUACACCGGUGUCAGUAUCUGUAGCCUCACCAACGAACAUUACCAAUGUUGGCGCUGGGUCCCCUUGUUCAUCUAGCGAAGACAAAAAUAUUCAAUCAAAGAGACUUCAUGUAUCAAAUAUACCCUUUAGAUUUAGAGAGCCUGACUUGCGUGCCAUGUUUGGGCAAUUUGGACCAAUUCUAGAUGUUGAAAUUAUAUUUAAUGAGCGUGGAUCAAAGGGAUUCGGUUUUGUAACGUUUGGGAAUAGCGCUGACGCUGAUGAGGCUCGCGAACAUCUUCACGGAACAGUUGUUGAAGGCAGAAAAAUAGAGGUGAACAAUGCAACAGCUAGAGUGCAGACUAAAAAAGUAGCUGCUCCUUUGCAAUUACCAAAUGUAUUACUCUCUAGAAACGGAGUAUUGCCGAACCUUGUUUGUGUUCAGUGGCCUGAGGCCGCCGCCGCAGCACUUAGAGGCGCAGCUAUACAACGUGGACGAGCCGUGGCGGCCGCGAAUGCCGUCAGGAACGCGGCCGCGAUGGCUGCAGUGGCCGCGGCGUCCAACGGCGGAUUCCCGUCGGUUGGCAAUCCAGGAUUUAACACCGCCAGACUGCCAGCGACCAGCAUUGCCGUCACGCCCAACCCGUUACAAGCCAUCAACUCGGCUCCCGGUACUUACGCCCCUAAAAUGUGUUUCAGUGGAGUUUACUAUGAUCCAUUCCUGGCAGCUCAAGCUGCAGACAAUAACUACAGGUUACAGGCAGGAGCAGUCAAUGAGGUAGCUGCCGCAGCAGCAGCCGCGUCGCCCCUACUUAAGGCCGCAGCCGCAGCCCAAGGGACUCCUGCGUUGUCGUCCGCCGCAGCGGUGGCCCAAGCGCAACAGGCGUCCUACGUUGCCGCCGCCACGUACACGGCCGCAGCGGCCAGAGCGUACAACGCGGCGGCUGCAGCCGCCAACAAUCAGAUGGCCAACCCGGCGGCCGCCGCCGCUGCUACGUACACGGCGUUGCCAGCUGG